UGUUUCGCCUCCUGCCAGCCUUCAUUCAUUUCCCGUCGGCAUGAUGAGCUGGGCAGAUAUAUUUUAUCACCCGGUUUGGGUUGUUUCCACGGCGGCGCUUCUGGCGCUUAUCGUGCGCCAGAAGCGCAAAGGCAACUGGGACCCGCAAUCCUGCAACGUGCGGCUGAACGGGAAAACUGCCAUAGUGACAGGAGCCAACACAGGGAUUGGGAAGUUCAUUGCCCUUGAUCUUGCACGUCGUGGUGCACGUGUCAUCUUGGCCUGCCGAAGCAAGGAGCGAGGAACGGCAGCACUUAAAGAAAUUCGAGAAGUGUCAGGAAACUCUGAUGUUCACCUGUACUUGGUGGACCUGGCUUCUCUGGACUCUGUGAGACAGUUUGCUGAGAGGAUUCUUGAGGAAGAAAAGGCUCUCCACAUUCUUGUAAACAAUGCUGGAGUGUCAGGAUUACCCAGGGAAAUGACCAAAGAUGGACUGGAAGCCUCAUUUGCCACAAAUCAUCUUGGACCAUUCCUUCUCACCAACCUGCUGCUGGACUUGAUUAAGUGUUCAGCUCCAGCACGUAUCGUCACCGUGUCCUCAGUCAACCACAGAAAGGGAAAGGUGGACUUUUCUCAUUUUCGUGGUGAAAACCUGACUUACUACAUGGACAACAUCUACAAUCACACUAAGCUGCACAACAUUAUCUGCACAAAUGAGCUAGCACGCAGGCUACAGGGCACAGGUGUUACUGCAAACUCUGUCCACCCUGGUGUUGUCAGGACAGAAGUGAUUAGACACUAUCAGUUUUGGGUUCGCUGGCUUUUCAAUCUAACAGGAAUUUUAUUUUUUAAGUCGGCAGAAGAGGGAGCAGUGAGCAGCAUCUUCUGUGCAGUGUCCGAGGAGAUGGAGGGAAUAACUGGGAAGUACAUAGACAGUGACUGCACUCUGAGCCUACCCUCUCCUUUGGCUCGAGAUGUUGCUCUUGCAGUGAAAGAUUUUGAGAUAUGUGAGAGACUGACGUCAACGCUCUGAAAGAAAUAUCCAACAAACGACAGCAGAAAGGGGGGGGGGUCAUAUCUAUGUUCUUUCAGGAUUUAUUUGAUACUCUUCUAAAAGGAUUUGAAUAUAAUAUGCAGAGCUGUUUCUAAAGCUAUCAGUAUAAUACUUUUUUAAUUCCACUGAUGGAAAAAGUGGCAUUAAAUGUCUUAUAAAGGGUCUUGUAUGAUAAUGCAGACAAAUAUAAUAAUGCUAUAAUUAGCAUUGAUAAAAUUAGAUGAUAAUUUCAUUUUUUUGUAAGUUUGCACUGUAUAUCUAAUGAAAAAUGACUUUUCUUGCAGUGGAUCUUACAGACCACAUGUAAAGUCCAACAUUGACAGGGACAGUUCAGGGUCAUAAGCAAAUAAUUAGUCCACAGCCACAGGUGUCUCUGAGGGAUCAGGCAAACACGGGACAAGCACAGGUACAGGCCUGUGAUGCCAAACACCAAGAUAAACCAGGCGACCAAAUCUAGGGCAGGCAGGGCUGGGGACACACGGAAAGGCAGCGUGGGUUGAUGACGAGUGAUGUUACGGUCGACACUGAAGCCACAGUCUCAAACUGAGGCUUGUGUGGAGCAGAGGGGGCUUGUCCAAAUGAAGCCUGUGUCGAGGCCUGUAUCAUUUUUCAGAGUAUCACAUGACUAAACACAAACGAGGCCUCACUUCUGUGAAAUCACUUGAUUUUCAGUUUGUGUUGUGAUCCUGUGUAUCCUGAAUUGACAGGAUCUUUUAGAUGUGAACAUGAAUAAAUUCUUCUUGGUUGAUUAUAAAGGA